UCGGGGGUGGCCCCUGGGUCGUCUCGGUGACCCAGCGCCCGGGCGCUAGGUGUGCGCUCGAAUGCGGGCGUCCCGGGGGCUCGGCUCGGCCUGGGGUUGCGGCGGACACCGGGAAUUGCGGGGCUGCUGGAGGUCUGCGCAGGGCCUGGCGCGCCCGCCCCAGACGCCCUGGGAGGCCGAGGAGAGAGGGAGUGGCCGGGGGCCUUGCUCGGCCUUCGCCCCCCAAGCAGAGGGGAUGAUGUCCUUCCUCGCCGCACCCUGGACAUUGCGGAGAGUGAACGUCGGUGGACGGGCUUCAAGCCCCAGCAAGGCGUUUGCCGAUGAGGACUAAUCAGCAUCAAGGUUGAGUCUCUUGAGGCUAUUGAGAGAUGUGGGGGAAGUUUUUUCAGGGUAGUGUCUGCAGCCUUUUCUCAGGCGUUUCACCGUGAAUUGUUGUGUGUCAAACUGGACAAGCCAUCUUAGUUGAAGUUUCAGCAAUCGAAAAAUGAGAGACUACUGAAAAGAAGGUGCUUUUCGAGCUGGAGAUGUGAAUAAGACUGCCGUGCCAGAGCUUAUAAAUCAUCUUCAGGGUUCCCCCCCCCCCCGGGACACCACAUCACGUGUGGUCACCAUGUCUCCUUAGGCUCCCCUUGCUGUGACAGUUUCUCAGACUUUCACUGUUUUGAUGACCUUGUCAGUUUUGAAGAGAACCGAUCAGAAAAUGACUGCGGUGUUGGAAGAUCAUUACUAUUGGAAGGCCGGUUAGCAUCAAUUUCCUAACGGAUACUUGACCACCAUUUGUUCUGGCAUGGCGCAAGGCAGUCCACAGCUUGAUAUGCAGGUUCUCCAUGACCUCCGACAGCGUUUCCCGGAGAUUCCAGAGGGUGUUGUGUCUCAAUGCAUGUUACAGAACAACAACAAUCUUGAAGCCUGUUGCCGAGCCCUUUCCCAGGAGAGUAGCAAAUACUUAUAUAUGGAAUACCAUAGUCCGGAGGACAACCGGAUGAAUCGAAAUCGCCUUUUGCAUAUUAACCUGGGUAUCCAUUCUCCUAGUAGCUACCACCCAGCGGAUGGAGCCCAACUUAACGGUGGUCGAACACUGGUACACAGCUCAAGCGAUGGACAUAUUGACCCACAGCAUGCGGCGAGUAAACAGCUGAUCUGCUUAGUUCAGGAACCACACUCGGCUCCGGCUGUUGUGGCUGCUGCUCCGAACUACAAUCCCUUUUUUAUGAAUGAACAGAACAGAAGUGCAGCUACUCCUCCUUCACAGCCACCUCAACAGCCGUCUUCCAUGCAAACAGGAAUGAAUCCCUCUGCUAUGCAAGGGCCUUCACCGCCACCCCCUCCUCCUCCUUCGUACAUGCACAUACCUCGGUAUAGCACCAAUCCCAUCACUGUUACGGUAUCCCAGAACCUCCCUUCCGGACAGACUGUACCAAGAGCUUUACAAAUCCUGCCACAGAUUCCAAGCAAUCUCUAUGGGCCUCCUGGUUCUAUUUAUAUUAGACAGACAUCUCAGAGUUCAUCAGGGAGACAAACUCCUCAGAGUACGCCAUGGCAGUCCUCCCCCCAGGGCCCGGUGCCUCAUUACAGCCAGCGUCCUUUACCCGUUUAUCCCCAUCAACAGAACUAUCAGCCUUCUCAGUAUUCUCCCAAACAGCAGCAGAUUCCUCAACCCGCUUACCAUUCACCGCCUCCUUCUCAGUGUCCUUCACCCUUCAGCUCUCCACAACAUCAAGUGCAACCUUCCCAGUUGGGCCAUCCAGGUUCCCAUGUCUUUAUGCCACCUAGUCCUUCCACCACUCCACCCCAUCCGUAUCAACAAGGACCUCCUAGCUAUCAGAAACAGGGGAGCCAUUCGGUCGCCUAUCUCCCAUACACACCGUCCAGCUUACCCAAAGGAUCCAUGAAGAAGAUAGAAAUCACAGUUGAACCCUCUCAGAGACCUGGGACAGCCAUGAACAGGAGUCCUUCACCUAUCAGUAAUCAGCCGUCUCCACGGAAUCAGCACUCACUGUACACAGCCACCACGCCACCUUCAAGUUCCCCUUCAAGAGGCAUAUCCGGGCAGCCAAAACCUCCAUUUAGUGUUAAUCCUGUGUACAUUACGUAUACACAGCCAACCGGACCUUCAUGUGUUCCAUCACCAUCUCCUCGAAUGAUACCAAACCCAACUACAGUUUUUAAAAUUACCGUAGGUCGAGCAACGACUGAAAAUCUUUUAAAUUUAGUGGACCAAGAAGAACGUUCUGCAGCCCCAGAACCGAUUCAGCCCAUUUCAGUGAUACCUGGUUCUGGGGGAGAAAAGGGAAGCCAUAAAUACCAGAGGAGUUCUAGUUCUGGAUCAGAUGACUAUGCCUAUACACAAGCCUUGCUGUUACAUCAGCGAGCAAGGAUGGAGAGGUUAGCAAAGCAGUUGAAACUCGAGAAAGAGGAGCUCGAGCGCUUGAAGGCCGAAGUUAACGGUAUGGAGCAUGACCUGAUGCAGAGACGGCUCCGAAGGGUCAGCUGUACCACGGCGAUUCCCACGCCUGAGGAAAUGACAAGAUUGAGAAGCAUGAACAGACAACUCCAGAUAAAUGUUGACUGUACACUGAAAGAAGUUGACCUCCUUCAAUCUAGAGGAAACUUUGAUCCAAAAGCCAUGAAUAAUUUUUAUGACAACAUAGAACCUGGCCCAGUUGUACCACCCAAGCCAUCUAAAAAAGACUCAUCAGACCCUUGCACAAUUGAGAGGAAAGCCCGGAGAAUUAGCGUGACCUCCAAAGUACAGGCAGACGUCCAUGACACCCAGGCAGCAGCUGCAGAUGAGCAUCCAUCCGGCUCCAAGCAGAGUCCUCGGACACAGCCCCGAGACGAGGACUACGAAGGGGCUCCGUGGAAUUGUGACAGCUGCACCUUCCUGAACCACCCUGCCCUCAACCGCUGUGAGCAGUGCGAGAUGCCGCGGUACACUUGAACUCCGAUGGGUCCGCGUCAGUUCGAGAGUGAAACUUGGAGCCCCCACUCGAAGAAAAGAAAACCUUGGGAAGCUGUUCAUCUGCCCAGCCUUUCCAUGGCAGAUUCCACUGGGGGAAGAGGAAGGACCCUGGAGCUGGUUGUGCUCACUAAAGGAAAAAUGGGGAGUUCUCUUUGGUGGGGUUUUUUUUGGUGGGGUUUUUUUUUCUUUCUUUUUUUUUUUUUUUUCCUUUCUUAACUCAUUGCAGAGUGAGAGAGAAAGGGAUACUUGAAACCGGGAAAGGAUUCACUCCUGAAAGAAUGUACACAGAGAGGGCAAGCGCUCUUCUGUGGAAUCCCAAUUGUUAAAGUUACUGCUGAGUAGCCCUUACUUUAUAAACUAGAACUUUCAGUCAUGGUGUGACCUGUUACAGUUUAUCAGACAAACUGUGAAUUCCCAGAGCAGACUCACCUGGUCACAGCUCUCUGGAAAACCCAGGUUCCCCAUGCUUCUUCCCGGUGUUUCCUAGUAAAGAGAAGAACAGGAAAAAGCACCCACAACUUUUUUUUGGGGGGGGGGGGCUAAGUAAUAAGGGUAUUUUUAAUUGCUGCUUUUUUCAGAGGUAAUUUCAAACACACAACGAUAGUUCAAAAUGUGAUUUGUAACUGUCAGGAAUGAGGCACAUCAUGCCCUUUGUUCCAGAGUACAAUCAGAGGUGAGAAGAUCCCUGUUGCUUGUACAGUAAUUCAUCAAGCUAAAUCAACACUGGUAACUAAGACCUAAUUAUGCCACGAUAGAUACAAUUUUUAUGUUACUGCAUGCUUUUAUUAGGCCAUUGGCUUUAAAAAUAACAAGUCCUUACCAAGAACAAUUUUAUGAAUGACCUUCUCAUAAAACUGCGCUUUGCCAAUAGCACAGUGAAUGUAUGCCAAAUGUAAAUCCAUUCCAGAAUCCAUUUGGAAAUCUUGAGCUCAGCUGCGGUUCUGUAAGAAAUGUGUGCAGUCCAUAGGGCCUUUUUUUUUUCCUCCUUCCAAUUUUGUGAUGAAUUCAUGAUGUUUACAGCACAGUGUUUUGUGCCACAAUCCUAACUUAGCUGAAAAAAAAAAAUCACUAUUAGCUGUUCAGUACAGAUUUAUUUGCACAUGUUAAUAAACCAGCGUGAGGGAAAUUACAGUUGGCUGAUGUCAUCAAGUUGCAUACUGUGUUACUUGGGAGGAGGAGAAGGCUGGUGAAGAAAUGAGAUUAGAGAGAGGUGAGCGCAAAGGACUUGACAACUCAGAACUGUUUAAAGUUAACAGGGUGUAUUCAGAGGUAAUAAUGAGUUUGUUCGGGUAGCUCAGGUGAUACUAAAGCACUCCUUAUUUGUGAAGCCAAAACUUUAGGGUAUGAGUAACUGAAGAGAGAGAAAACCAUGUGGCCCCCUAGGGUGCACCACUGGAAGACUGUUCAUAGGACGUUUCUUUAAGAUCUCCGUCAUCGAAUUUCCUUCCUAGCUUAGAAUUGGAUUUUGGAAUCUUCCCAUCAUUUGGGUGAAUGUAAACGGCAAUACGAUCAGUAGGGCUUUGAAUCCCGCAGGAUGUUACCUGAGGCUCAGAUUUUAGGAGUAGCCACCCUCGCAUGCCACGUGCCCCCCUGUACACACGCGCGUGCACGCGCACACACACCCACACUCUUGAAGCUGUCAUUGUAUUGUAAGGUACCAGGGGUGUCGGGCAGACUUGGAAACACCAGCUGUCCCUAAAUGCACAAUGAAACCAAAGGCAUCGUAACCCAUCGCCAUUCUCCCUCAAAAUCAUCGUUUCACCCUCUACCUACCGCUUUGCCAACGUCUCGUAUGUGGAAAAUUCCCAAAAUAGCCACUCGUCUCGCCAAGUACCCGUGGCUCUGUGAUUACACCGCUAAGACAUCCCUCACUUGACUGCGGCAAGACUGUGAAAAGAAUGGAGAGAAAGCAGAUGGGCUUAAAAGCGUCGACCUGAAAAUCGCCUUCUUUAAAAGCUUCUGUGACACUGGUGUCUGUCCGUCUCCAGCAGCCGUCUCUCAGUCCUACUCUUGUGUAAUAUGCCAAUGCCUUUGCCUUUGUAUGGUUUCCUAGCUCUUCAGUGACGAUCCACCCUGCUUGGUAUUAAAUAACAAUUUAGGGGGAAAAUCUAUAUCCUGCUUGGUGUUCUAGCUCGAGGUUUACCAGUAUUCUUUUCUUAGAUACGCUCAAGUGGCAGCAGUUAACUGGGCACCUGUCCGUUCAGAAUGAAAGUAGCAUGUCUGGAGACAGUCGGAUGCCGUAUUGAAACCACGUAGGUGACUUUACAACUAUUGCAUGAACACACAUCCAGGUUAAUAAGCUGUCGUCAUACGGUAGAUGCAUGGUUCCAGUCCUUUGGUGACCUAUCUAGUCGAUCGUUGUUUGCCCCUGCCAGGAAAAAGGAGAAGAAACCAGUCUCUGGGAUAGGUGUAGACGGUGGGGUAGGAGGCAUCAGAGAUGGCUUUUCAAGAAGUUCCGUAUGUGUUCAUUUCUGGUUGGGCCCGAGUUUCGUAGGCCAAGUUAGGCUGCGUUCAGUUUUUAAAGGAAGCAAAAUUGUUUUCCACGGACACGUUUGAGCUCUUUAACUGUGUCCGCUCUCUAGACUUCCUGCCUCUGACCACUUUGAAGGAGGACUCGGUCAACUUUCAAGGUGCCUUUUGGAAAGGCCGUCCCGGUCAGACUGAAGCGCUUGCCCAGUCGGCCGGCGGCAGGAGGGCGGCAGGACGGCGGACGCCGGGCCGCACCUGUCCGCCUAGGCCCGCCGCUCUUCGCGUAGGCCGGGGCGCGGCUGGUUGCUGGCGAAACGUCUUUUUUCUUAAAACGUGUCUAGUUUGAUGUAUCUGGUAACACAUAGACCUGACUAUACGUUUUACACUAUUUCAUGGUUUUGUAAACUGGGUUUUUAGAAAGCACACGUGCUGUUUUGUUCCAAGUACAUUGUCCCUUAACGUGUGGAGUAGGUCUUAAGAGUUUAAAGUGGUAAUAGAGGAGCCAGAAACUUCCUAAGCAUUGUAAAAUGUUUGCAUUGAUAAUGACCUUGUAUGGGAGAGCAAAGAGGCAGGGGGUUUUAAACAGAAGAACUGCGUCGUAGGAAAGGUAGUUUUAGACGAGGAAAAGGAGGGGGGCAAAGUGUUGCUCAUUUGUUUAUUUCCCUGAAUGAAGUGGGAAGUGUGAUAGGCAGUUUAAUUUUUAAGGAGCUGGUCUCAGUUUUAGUACUUUUUAAUUAUUAAAAAAAAUAUCGUUUCCUUCAAUUUUGUCAUCGUCUUGUCCCGAUGAUCUAGGGUUCAUAUCCAACUUUCUGUGGCAACUCAGUUUUCUAUAGUAUUUUAAAAGGUAACUGUAAUGUCUUUGACAGUAUAAACAAAAAAGCAAGAAUAUAAGGCAUAAAAAAAUUGUCCUUGGAAAACAUCAGUCAUGUAUCCUGGAAUGUGAAGAUGUCCCUUCGUAGUUAAAGGGUAUAUUGGUAUAUCAGUCGAGCAAGAACCAUGACCACUGAAAUGUUACUAUAAAAAAAAAAAAAAUCAAUAAAUUGGGCACUGUCUGUUGCACCACUACUGUAUCUUUUUGAAAGAAUUGACAGAAUUUUCUUAGUGUGAAAGUUAAUUCUGAUGAUGUUUUCACAUUCACUAGACCUGCCUUUUUUUUCUUUAUUAUUUGCAUCCCCAAAUAUUUAAUACAAGUAGAAUUUUGCAUGGCUUGGGCAUUCAGAGAUUAAUAGGAUGAUGACUACGAUGUUAGUUUCUAAAGCCAUGAAAAGUUGCUUUGAGACUGAACAAUUCUGAAUUCUUAUUUAUAAUGAGACCCAAUGUCCAUGGUUCCCUACUGUAAAAGAAUUGAUCAGUUUCUUCAUUGAAACAGCAAGAACCUAUUAAAUCUUGUAAAUACCAUGUUUCUUUUAGGUUUCCGUGUAUGCUGUGAAUCAUUAUUUUGAGGUGAAAUUGUACAAAGGCAUUUUAAAAGGCUAUGCAUGCAUCGUACUUCCAAACAGUACAUAUUCGGAAAGUCAAAGAUUCCUGCAAAAUAAAUUAAUAAACUAAAAGCAAACACUA